AUGCUGGGCAGUGAGGUGUCCUCUCUCUGUGUCCCUGUGGUCAGCAGAGCCACUGGCCAGGUGGUGGCACUAGCCUGCGCCUUCAACAAACAGGGAGGACAGAGACACACGGACGUGGAUGAACAUACGAUCCAGCACUGCUUCUGUUACACCUCCACUGUCCUCACCUCCACACUGGCCUUCCAGAAAGAACAGAAACUCAAAGUGGAGUGUCAGGCACUGUUACAGGUGGCCAAGAAUCUCUUUACACAUCUGGAUGAUGUCUCAGUGUUGUUGCAGGAGAUUAUAGUGGAGGCCAGGAACCUCAGUGAUGCAGAGAUUUGCUCUGUGUUCCUCCUGGAUCAAGUCAGCCAUGAGCUGGUUGCCAAGGUUUUUGAUGGGGGCGUGGUCAGUGAUGAUGAGAAAGAGUUCCGUAUCCCUGCGGACCAGGGCAUAGCGGGUCAUGUAGCUAUGACUGGGCAGAUCCUGAACAUUAAGGAUGCGUACUCCCACCCUCUGUUCUACCGAGGAGUGGACGACAGCACCGGGUUUAGAACACGGAACAUCCUCUGCUUCCCCAUCAAGGACGAGAACAACGAGGUUAUUGGGGUGGCUGAGUUGGUCAAUAAGACUAAUGGACCAUGGUUUAACCGCUUCGAUGAGGACCUGGCCACUGCUUUCUCCAUCUACUGUGGAAUCAGCAUCGCACAUUCUCUUCUGUAUAAGAAGGUCCAUGAGGCUCAGUUCAGAUCCCACCUGGCCAACGAGAUGAUGAUGUACCACAUGAAGGUGUCAGCAGAGGAGGUGGCCCAGCUGUUGGUAACUGGGCUGGAGCCAGUGGAAGAGAUUCAUCCCUUAUUCGCUGAGUUCACCUACACACCCCGUUCACUACCUGACGACAACACACCCAUGGGCAUCCUGAGUAUGUUUGAGGACAUGGGCUUCAUCAACGCCUAUAAGAUUGACCUGCACACUCUGGCCAGGUUCUGUCUGAUGGUAAAGAAGGGUUACAGAGAUCCUCCCUAUCACAACUGGACACAUGCCUUCUCGGUCUCUCACUUCUGUUAUCUCCUCUACAAGAACCUGGGCCUGGCCAACUACCUGGAGAAUAUAGAGAUCUUUGCUCUCUUUGUCUCCUGUAUGUGCCAUGACCUGGACCACCGUGGGACUAACAACUCCUUUCAAGUGGCCUCACAAUCUGUCCUGGCUGCCCUCUACAGCUCAGAGGGCUCUGUGAUGGAGCGACACCACUUUGCCCAAGCCAUAGCCAUUCUGAACACCCACGGCUGCAACAUCUUCGACAAGUUCUCCAGAAAGGACUACCAGAGGAUGUUGGACUUGAUGAGGGAUAUUAUCCUGGCCACUGACCUGGCUCACCACCUCCGCAUCUUCCCCGACCUGCAAAGGAUGGCUGACGCUGGCUACAAUCCCAGGAAUCAGACCCACCGUUCUCUGCUGCUGUGCUUGCUGAUGACCUCAUGCGACCUGUCGGACCAGACCAAGGGCUGGAAGACCACCCGCAAGAUUGCUGAGCUGAUCUAUAAAGAGUUCUUCUCCCAGGGGGAUCUGGAGAAGGCGAUGGGGAAUCGUCCCAGUGAGAUGAUGGACAGAGAGAAGGCCUACAUCCCAGAGCUACAGAUCAGCUUCAUGGAACACAUCGCCAUGCCCAUCUACAAGCUGCUGUCAGAGCUGUUACCAGGGGCAACCGAGCUGUAUGAGCGUGUAGCGACCAAUCGAGUACAGUGGACCAAAGUCUCCCACAAGUUCAGCGUCCGUGGGUUGCCUAGCAACAAUAGCCUCGACUUCCUGGAUGAAGAGUAUGAAUUGCUGCAAUCCCAGGGUGCACUUGGGGACGACAGCCACUGCGAUGACACCCAUUGCCUCAACGGUUGCCUGGAUGAGGGGGACGGGGGGAGGGGCCUGUAACCAUACCGACCAAUGGGAGUGGAGAAAGCAGUAUCUCUAGGCUAAUAGAAACCUAAGGACACUAUUCCCUUUUUACGUCCUCAAGCGGAGAAGGCGGGACUCUGAGACAGUUUGACAUUUGACUGACAGCUGUCAAUCUCUAAGGCUGAGCAAAACAGAUGGAGUGAACCGCAGGAGGGACGAUUCAGAUGAGUCAUUUCAAAGGAGUCGAUUCAGACUAGUCGAUUCAGACGAUUCCUGUAGAUGCUAAAUGUGACUGAACUCCUGUGAGGAAAGCAGAGAGUCGUGUUGACUCUGGAAAUGAUCAUUUUCAUAACGAGGUCUCCGUUCAUAUUCUUCUGAGUUUCUGUUUCACACACAGGCUCACAGACACCUAAUAGGUCAAUACCUGUGUAAUAAUACAUAGGUAAAGAGCACCUUUCCUAGUUAACAGAAAGCUGUGUAGUACGGAGGACAGUUCUGGAAUCUGUUGGUUUAUGUUGUUUUAAGAUCAUCAGAAUCCCUCCCAUCAGCCCACACACACCCUGAUGAGCUGCUAUGUCACUCAUAUGACUGCUUAUGUAUACUGUAUGUAGCCUACACCUUGUGUGUUACACCCUUUAUCUCAGCCAGUAUUGGAUGUAUUUUUCAUGUCUUAGGCAUCAUGUAAGUCUCUAGUUUGCCAGAUAUUAUAUUUGUUAUUAUAUAUGGAGCCCAUCGGUGGCCCUGCGAUGCCCAGUGGUCAUUGAGGGAAACUGUAUCUGCCUUGUGUCUGCCUUGUGAGUGGAACUUCCCUCUUUUGGAAAUGGGGACAGUUUGACAGUCAAUGAUCACUGGUCAGUGCCAUUCUCGUUAGCUAAAAUCUUCUAUCCCCGGAGUGCGCACACACACAGACAUACACACAGACACCACAACCACCAUUACAACCUUCACAACAAGAGCCACUAAGAGCCAUUCCUAUUUUCUUCUUAGUGUUUCUCUCUGUGUCUCUAUAUAACCCCUAUAACCCUCUAUAUAAGUGAAGCCCUUUAAAUGAUCCAGUGUCAUCAUGUGUGUGUGUGUGUGUGUGUGUGUGUGUGUGUGUGUGUGUGUGUGUGUGUGUGUGUGUGUGUGUGUUUUGUGUGUGUGUGUGUGUGUGUGUGUGUGUGUUUUGUACGGAUCUGCCUUAUCGUGCAUCUAUGCUGCCUUUCUCAGAGCUUACCAUGUUGGACCAUAGAUACAAACAGACACAGAGGCCAAACAGUAUCUCCAGUGUGUUGAUGAACAGACCUAUAGAUGACAGUGUGUUGAUGAACAGACCUGUAGAUGACAGUGUGUUGAUGAACAGACCUAUAGAUGACAGUGUGUUGAUGAACAGACCUGUAGAUGACAGUGUGUUGAUGAACAGACCUAUAGAUGACAGUGUGUUGAUGAACAGACCUGUAGAUGACAGUGUGUUGAUGAACAGACCUAUAGAUGACAGUGUGUUGAUGAACAGACCUAUAGAUGACAGUGUGUUGAUGAACAGACUUGUAGAUGACAGUGUGUUGAUGAACAGACCUAUAGAUGACAGUGUGUUGAUGAACAGACCUAUAGAUGACAGUGUGUUGAUGAACAGACCUGUAGAUGACAGUGUGUUGAUGAACAGACCUAUAGAUGACAGUGUGUUGAUGAACAGACCUGUAGAUGACAGUGUGUUGAUGAACAGACCUAUAGAUGACAGUGUGUUGAUGAACAGACCUAUAGAUUACAGUGUGUUGAUGAACAGACCUAUAGAUGACAGUGUGUUGAUGAACAGACCUGUAGAUGACAGUGUGUUGAUGAACAGACCUAUAGAUGACAGUGUGUUGAUGAACAGACCUAUAGAUGACAGUGUGUUGAUGAACAGACUUGUAGAUGACAGUGUGUUGAUGAACAGACCUAUAGAUGACAGUGUGUUGAUGAACAGACCUGUAGAUGACAGUGUGUUGAUGAACAGACCUAUAGAUGACAGUGUGUUGAUGAACAGACCUAUAGAUGACAGUGUGUUGAUGAACAGACCUAUAGAUGACAGUGUGUUGAUGAACAGACUUGUAGAUGACAGUGUGUUGAUGAACAGACCUGUAGAUGACAGUGUGUUGAUGAACAGACCUAUAGAUGUCAGUGUGUUGAUGAACAGACCUAUAGAUGACAGUGUGUUGAUGAACAGACCUAUAGAUGACAGUGUGUUGAUGAACAGACCUGUAGAUGACAGUGUGUUGAUGAACAGACCUAUAGAUGACAGUGUGUUGAUGAACAGACCUAUAGAUGACAGUGUGUUGAUGAACAGACCUGUAGAUGACAGUGUAUUGAUGAACAGACCUAUAGAUGACAUUGUGUUGAUAAACAGACCUAUAGAUGACCGUGUGUUGAUAAACAGACCUAUAGAUGACAGUGUGUUGAUGAACAGACCUAUAGAUGACAGUGUGUUGGUUAUCAUUGUGUUGGUUAUCAUUGUGUUGGUUAACAGUGUGUUGGUUAUCAUUGUGUUGGUUAACAGUGUGUUGGUUAACAGUGUGUUGGUUAUCAUUGUGUUGGUUAACAGUGUGUUGGUUAUCAGUGAGUUCACUGUCUCAGGAGUUUAAAACACACUACCACUCAACUCCAAUCAAUCAAUCACCUAAAUGUUAAACUAAUGUGUGAAACUGCUGCUCGGUGAAGCAACAGCUUAGCCUCACCACAUGUCAGGGCUUACAUACUGUAUAUGUGGAAGAAUUAAGGCCAUACAUGUGAAUAUAUUUCUUAAAAGGGCGUACAUGUCAAUAUAUUUGUUAGAGGAAUGAACUGGGGAUCUUGGUUAGGUGAUUGGGGCGUACAGGUCAAUAUAUUUGUUAGGUGAAUGAACUGGGGAUCUUGGUUAGGUGAUUGGGGCGUACAGGUCAAUAUAUUUGUUAGGUGAAUGAACUGGGGAUCUUGGUUAGGUGAUUGGGGCGUACAGGUCAAUAUAUUUGUUAGGUGAAUGAACUGGGGAUCUUGGUUAGGUGAUUGGGGCGUACAGGUCAAUAUAUUUGUUAGGUGAAUGAACUGGGGAUCUUGGUUAGGUGAUUGGGGCGUACAGGUCAAUAUAUUUGUUAGGUGAAUGAACUGGGGAUCUUGGUUAGGUGAUUGGGGCGUACAGG